UGGCUUCGCCUUGGUAACCCUGCCCCUGCCAGGCGGGGCGGGUGAGCCCGUGCAGGGGGAGGGAGGGGAGAGCGGACGCCAUUUUCCCCGAGAGGCAGUGACAUAGAGGGGAGCGUAGGAGGCUGCGAGGAGGGAGACACGGGAGCAGCGGCGGCGGCAGCGGGGUUUGUACGCAGGUCCCGAGGCAAAAGGCGCUCCCCAGCUAGGUCCCCGUAGGGUUCCGUGCGCCGAGCUGGUUCCUGGAGGAGGGGGGGCCCUCCUCUUCCUUUCCUUCCCUUUUCUUUCACCCGAGUCUGCUGAGGGGGUGAGUCCUGCCCAGGGUAGGGACAUCCGCAGUGGGGCAGCGGCAUUGUUUUGGUCGGGAUAGGAAAGGGGCUCGGCUGAGGGGUCCUGCUGCCUGGCCUGUGUGACCAUUACAGUCCCGUAUUUUAACUUCAACUGAGAGAAGAAAAGGAGGAGUGAAGAGAGAGAAGAGGGUUUGUGGAUGCACUUAGAUGUUUGCAAUGAGCACUGUGGCUGGCAUGCCCCAGUGUUUUGGAUACCAAUGCAUAGGACUCUGUAGUAAUCGAAUUUAUCAGAAACGAACGUCAUGAGCAUAGUGAUCCCAUUGGGGGUUGACACAGCAGAUACUUCUUAUUUGGAAAUGGCUGCAGGCUCAGAACCAGAAUCUGUAGAAGCUAGCCCUGUGGUAGUUGAAAAAUCGAACAGUUAUCCACACCAGUUGUAUACCAGCAGCUCGCAUUCACACAGUUACAUUGGUUUGCCCUAUGCAGACCAUAACUAUGGUGCUCGGCCUCCUCCAACGCCUCCAGCUUCUCCUCCUCCAUCAGUGCUUAUAAGCAAGAAUGAAGUAGGCAUAUUUACCACUCCCAACUUUGAUGAAACCUCCAGUGCUACUACCAUCAGUACGUCAGAGGAUGGAAGCUAUGGAACUGAUAUUACCAGAUGCAUUUGUGGCUUUACACAUGAUGAUGGAUAUAUGAUCUGUUGUGACAAAUGCAGUGUCUGGCAGCACAUUGACUGCAUGGGAAUUGACCGGCAGCAUAUUCCUGACAUAUAUCUGUGUGAACGUUGUCAACCAAGGAAUUUGGAUAAAGAAAGGGCAGUGCUGUUACAACAAAGGAAAAGGGAAAAUAUGUCAGAUGGGGAUACCAGCGCAACAGAGAGUGGCGAUGAGGUUCCUGUGGAACUAUAUACUGCUUUUCAACACACACCAACCACAAUUACAUUAACUGCUACAAGAGUUACAAAGGUCAAUGAUAAAAAAAGGAAAAAAAGUGGGGAGAAAGAGCAGAACAUAGCAAAAUGUAAAAAAGCAUUUCGAGAAGGAUCCAGGAAAUCUUCAAGAGUAAAGGGCUCAGCUCCAGAGAUCGAUCCUGCUGACAGUUCAAACUUUGGAUGGGAAACUAAAAUCAAGGCAUGGAUGGAUCGUUAUGAAGAAGCAAAUAACAACCAGUACAGUGAGGGUGUUCAGAGGGAGGCACAAAAAAUAGCUCUGAGAUUAGGCAAUGGAAAUGACAAAAAAGAAGUCAGCACCAGCAAUCUGAUUUUCAAACCUCCAGUAGAGAGUUACGUGCAAAAAAACAAGAAAAUUUUAAAAGCUGCCAAAGACUUGCCUCCUGACGCACUUAUUAUUGAAUACAGAGGAAAGUUCAUGCUGAGAGAACAAUUUGAAGCUAAUGGAUAUUUCUUUAAAAGGCCAUACCCAUUUGUUUUGUUUUAUUCCAAAUUCCAUGGGCUAGAAAUGUGUGUUGAUGCAAGGACUUUUGGAAAUGAAGCUCGAUUUAUCAGGCGUUCAUGUACACCAAAUGCAGAGGUGAGGCAUGUAAUUGAAGAUGGAACGAUUCAUCUUUAUAUUUACUCCAUCCAUAACAUUCCAAAGGGAGCAGAGAUUACGAUAGCAUUUGAUUUUGAUUAUGGAAAUUGUAAAUACAAAGUGGACUGUGCUUGCCUCAAAGAAAAUCCUGAAUGUCCAGUUCUCAGACGUUCUGAGCCUACCGAAAACAUCAAUACUGGAUAUGAAACCAGAAGGAAAAAGGGAAAGAAAGAGAAAGAUGUUUCAAGAGAAAAGGAGACUCAAAAUCAGAACAUCACGUUGGACUGUGAAGGAGGAGCCACCAAAAUGAAAAUCACAGAUAAUAAGCAGAGGAAGCUUUCUCCCCUCAGGCUUUCCAUUUCUAAUAAUCAGGAGCCAGAUUUUAUUGAUGAUAUAGAAGAAAAAACUCCCAUUAGCAAUGAAGUAGAAAUGGAAUCAGAGGAGCAGAUUGCAGAAAGGAAAAGGAAGAUGACAAGAGAAGAAAGGAAAAUGGAAGCUAUCCUGCAAGCUUUUGCCAGACUAGAAAAAAGAGAAAAAAGAAGAGAACAGGCUUUGGAAAGGAUCAGCACAGCAAAAACUGAAGUUAAAUCAGAAUGCAAGGAAGCACAGAUUCUCAAUGACACCGAGUUUAUUCAGGAACCAGCAAAAGAAGAAACUGCCACCAAGCCCACCCCAGCCAAGGUUAAUAGAGCUAAACAGAGAAAAAGCUUCUCUCGGAGUAGAACUCAUAUUGGACAACAGCGUAGACGACACAGAACUGUGAGCAUGUGUUCAGAUAUCCAGCCAUCUUCUCCUGACGUGGAAGUAACUUCACAGCAUAAUGAAACUGAGAAUGCUGCACUGGUAGCUGAGCCCGAAACAGAAACUGUUGUUACAGAAAUGGUUACCGAAACAGAAGCUCCAGCACUUAAUAAAUGUCCUACUAAGUAUCCUAAAACAAAGAAGCACUUGGUCAAUGAAUGGUUAAGUGAAAAAAGCGACAAGACGGGGAAGCCUGCAGACAGUGUAUCAGAAAGGCCUCUGCGCAUAACUACCGACCCUGAAGUUCUGGCUACUCAGCUGAAUUCUCUACCAGGUCUCACUUACAGCCCACAUGUAUAUUCUACUCCAAAGCACUAUAUUCGUUUUACUUCACCAUUCCUUUCAGAAAAGAGGAGGAAAAAAGAACCCGUGGAAAAUAUUACUGGCUCUUGUAAGAAGCGUUGGUUGAAGCAAGCUUUGGAAGAAGAAAACUCAUCAGUGAUUGAUAGAUUUAAUUCACCGUCACAGGAGAGAUCUAGAAGUCCAGCCAUCAAUGGUGAAAAUAAAAGCCCUUUAUUACUGAACGACAGUUGUUCCUUAACAGAUCUAACAACACCACUAAAAAAACGAAGACUCUAUCAGCUGUUGGAGUCUGCAUUCUCAGAAACAUCCACACCUACUCCUUCUCCAUAUGCCACACCAACCCAUGCUGACAUCACUGCCUCAGAGCCAUCGCUGUUCGCUACUCCUCCUAGGGUAAAAACAGAAGAUGAAACCUGUAGAAAUGGUUACAAACCCAUUUAUUCGCCAGUUACUCCUGUAACUCCAUGUAUCCAUGGGAAUACCAUGCACUUUGAGAAUAUUUCCUCACCUGACAGUUCCCCAGAAAUAAAAAGGCGAGCUUACAGUCAAGAGGGAUAUGACAGAGCAUCGAUUCUAGCACUGAAUUCUUUCAGAAAUUCCAACCUGACAGAAAUGGGUCUGCAAGAAAUAAAGACUAUUGGAUAUUCCAGUCCAAGGAAUAGGACUGAUGUCACUCGGCAGUGCACUGGCGAAAUGGAAUCUGUGUCAGACCUCCAGCUGGGACUCGAAGUUAUUGAGCAAAGUGCACUGCAUAAAAACCUGGAAGCCCCCACACAUGAUAGGACUGAUUCAAACAGCCAAUUAGAAACUGCUCAUUGUGGACGGGGCACAAUUUAUUCUUCCUGGGUAAAAAGUCCCGACAGGACAGGUGUAAAUUUCUCAAUGAAUUCUAAUUUGAGGGACUUGACCCCUUCACAUCAGUUGGAGGUAGGAGGUGGAUUCAGAAUAAGCGAGUCAAAGUGCCUGAUUCAAGACGAUGCUAGAGGCAUGUUCAUGGAAGCAUCUGUUUUUUGUACUUCAGAAGAUGGAAUUGCAUCUGGCUUUGGAAGGACUGUUAAUAACGACAACUUGAUGGAUGGAAAUUGCACACCCCAGAAUCCUCCACAAAAGAAAAAGGUAUCCUUACUAGAAUACCGUAAGAGACAACGAGAAGCUAGAAAAAGUGGCUCAAAGACAGAAAACUUUCCCCUUGUUACCGUAUCUCCUCAUGCAGCUGGUGGAGGAAAUAUAAGUAGCAACAACGGUGCUAACGAUGGGUAUAACAACAGUGGUGAAAAUGGGGAGCAAACCGAUAACGCUGCGAGCCUACCUGUACCACUGCCAACUACUGUUUAUAACGCAGCGCCAGAAGACACCGGUAACAACUGUGCAGUUAAGGAGACAUCAAGUGAGAAGAGUGAGCCGGAGGUUCAGUGGACUGCAUCAACCUCUGUGGAACAAGUGAGAGAACGAAGUUAUCAGAGAGCAUUACUUCUCAGUGAUCAUAGGAAAGACAAGGACAAUGGGGGAGAAUCACCCUGUAGCCCCUGCUCACCGUCUCAUGUUCAAUCUCCACCUUCAUCUCAUUCAAAUCUCAUUUCCCAGUUGCAGCUUAAAGUUCAUUCUUUCACUGAAUGUAUGGAAGAACCUGAUCCUGAAAAUCCAGAGCCUACUUCUGAAUGUCCAUCCCCAGAUACUUCACAGAAGACUUGUAAGAGUCCUUCAAAAGCAAGCAAGCCCUCUUCACCAAGUCCUGUAGUUUCAACACAGUCACUUGGGAAAACGCCGGCAAAACAAGAUUCGCACUGGGAAACUGCAGCAAAUGCACCAGAGGCCGAGUGUGUGAAUCACCCAAAACCUGAGCUGCAACAAAAACAGGUGACAAAUAAUGUCCAAGCACUUUCAAAAAAUCAUCCAUCUCAGUCACAUCUGCGCAGUUCUGCUGAGCAACUUCCACACUCACAGAAGCUGCCUUCUGCACCUUUGAAGCUUCAUUGUCCCCCCUCGCCUCACGUAGAAAAUCCUCCCAAGUCAUCUACGCCUCACGCGCCCGUGCAGCAUGGUUACCUUUCACCAAAGCCUCACUCGCAGCAGCUGGGUUCUCCGUACAGACCUCAUCAUCCCCAGUCACCUCAAGUCGGAACGCCCCAGAGGGAAACGCACCGGAACUUUUAUCCAGCAGCACCACCCCUUCAGCCUGGGAAUCAGCAGCAGCCGAGCGGCCCGCUGUUUACUCAGACAACUUCAGGACAAUCUUCAGCUUCUUACAGCCAAUUUAACCAACAAAAUUUGAACAGCAAUGCACCACCUCCCCCUCCCCCUCCGCCCCCCUCCUCUACUUAUUAUCAAAACCAGCAGCCCUCUGGAAACUUUCAGAGUUACAGUCAGCUGAAGGGCAGCAUACCCCAACAGACUGUGUUUUCAUCUGGACCAAACCAAGCACUUCCUGGCUCUGCGGGUCAGCAGACGGUGCCAGGACACCACGUCACCACGGGGCAUUUUUUGCCCUCUCAGAACCCCAGUAUUCACCACCAGGCUUCGGCCUCUGCUGCCCCACCUCCUCCUCCGCCCCCACCUGCCCCGGGACCUCACCUUGUACAGCAGCAAAGUACUCAUCAGCAGCAUUCUGUAGCACACGUGGUUGGUCCGGUUCACGCUGUGGCCGUAGCUCCUGGAUCACACCUUCACUCUCAGGCUGCUGGCCAUCAUUUGCCACCGCCCCCUCCGCCGCCGGGUCCUAUCCCCCACCACCAACCUCCUCAUCCUCCCACGGGACACCAAGGUUUGCAAGCACAACACCAGCAUGUUGUCAACUCUGCACCCCCACCCCCUCCACCCCCACCCUCCAAUGUCAUGGGCUCGGGGCAUCACCCAGCAUCAGCACAAGGGUUGCACCACCCGUCGCACCAAGGACCCCCCCAUUUCCCUUCAAACGCCCAUACGGGUGUCUCCUCCUAUUCCUCACAAGCCCCCCAUCACACGACGUUAGGACCUGGACCUCAACAUCAGCCUGCUGGAACAGGACCUCAUUGUCCACUCCCCGGUCAGGGUCCUCACAUCCAACCUCAAGGACCAAACAGUAUUGCAACGCCCACUGCUUCAGGGUUCUGCCCUCACCCCGGCUCAGUAACCCUUCCCCACGGAGUGCAAGGACCGCAGCAGGCGUCACCGGUGCCUGGACAGAUUCCCAUUCACAGAGCACAGACCCCAGAGGAGAAAACCAGCAUGCAGCUUCCUCUGCUCUGGCCGCUAGAAAACCUGAAAGGGGACAGGAUUGGAAGUGGCAAUUCCUACUCACUGAAAAGUGCAGUGUCAUCCCUGAGGCCUUUAAAAGCCGUUCCCGUGUGAAGAGGGAAGUGGAUGGUCAAAGGCACUCAGGUCUGAGAUCCAGCUGCUGGCAGGGCCUCGGCAUGCACAGGAGUUUCUCCUGCCUAGCGUGUUUGUGUGGCUCUCCUCUUCCUUUUUGGAUGAGCAGCUGCCCAGCCACAUCAGGGAUGGGGGAUAAAGGGCUACUUGUUUAUAUAAAGUUAAACAUCUCCUAUGAAACGGCUCAGUUUUGUCUUGUUUCAUCUAGCGCCCUCUCAGAUACAGCCUAUCACUCCUCAUUAGCCUUGGUAUGGUUUGAUUCAUACAGGUGGUGCUAUUUUGUAACCAACCCCAUCACGCAGUAAUCACAGCCAGCUAACCCCCACCCACCACCACCACACACAAUUCUAGCAAAGAGGUGGAUUUACGACUAGCAAAGAUUCCAAUGACCAGCACACUGUCUGAAAAAACAAAACACUUUAAUUAGACAACUGCAAGCACCUCAAACAACUGGUUAUUGUUACAGCAUGGGGCUAUCUUCUCACAAUCUAGUUAUUGCAAAGGCAUGUGAAUAAAUUUCAUAUGGACAAAGUCAAGAAAAAGUGGCACCAUAGUUACAUGAAAAUCAGAAGUAAGCUUACAUUCAUCCCACUGACUUCUAAAAGAGGCCAAAACACACCUCUGUAUUUUACAUUCUAAAAUCUGUAUUGCCUAUAAGCUUCAGUCUAUGUAGCUUUUUUUUCCUAGGAAACACGUAAUUCUUGCGUGCAACUUACAAAGAAUAAUUGUAUGUCUAGUUAUGGGAAAAAAAUAAAGCUAGUGCAAUUUGUUUUAGAAACAUGUAAAGCUAUGAAUGGAAUGAGCAUGAUCUUGCUUCUUGCAUUUUACCCACUGCACUGUAAAUUAUUUGCAGCUAUCCUUCCUUAACUGAUUCCAAGCACACACUUUUAUUAUAAAAGAUCAGUAAUUCUA